AUGGCAUCUCACGUGUUACCUGAGGGAUUCAGCGAUUUUGACAUGUUUGUGUUUGGCUCGGUGCUGCUGGUUGGCGGCUUGCUUGGUUUUUUCCUGAACUUCAUAUCCAUGUUGGCCUUCCUGAAUGUGAAGCAAAUCAAGAAUCCCAGUAAUUUCUUUGUCUUCAGUCUGGCGCUUGCUGAUCUUGGACUCAGCUGUAACAGUCUAAUAUCUGCCUACGCCAGUUACCUCAGAUAUUGGCCGUUUGGUCCCCAGGGUUGCCAGUUCCACGCUUUUCAGGGACUGGUGUCCAUCUUGGCAGGAAUCAGUUUCCUUGGUGCUGUAGCAUGGGACCGAUAUCACAUGUACUGCACCAAGCAGAAGAUGUUUUGGAGCACGGCUCUGACCCUGAGCUCCAUCAUGUGGGGUUUGGCCACGCUGUGGGCCGCUCUGCCGUUACCCUUCAUCGGAUGGGGUGUGUUCGACUUUGAGCCCAUGCUCGUCGGCUGCACCGUCGACUACACCAGAGGAGACAGGGGUUACAUCACCUACACGGUGUCCCUCAUCGUGCUGUACCUGACCUUCCCGCUCCUCGUCAUGUACUCCUCCUACUCCUCCAUCCACACUUAUUUCAGAAAGAUCCACAACUUCAAGUUUAACACAGGUCUGCCUGUAAAGACGUUGCUUCUCUUCUGGGGUCCGUAUGUUAUCGUGUGUGUGUAUGCCUUCUUCGAGGACCCUAAGGUCUUAUCACCGAAAUUCAGAAUGGUCCUCCCCGUUCUCGCUAAACUGUCUCCCAUCUCCAAUGCUUGUCUGUACGCAUACGGUAACGAGUUUUACCGAGGAGGAAUCUGGGAGUUCCUGACAGGACAGAGACAGGCAGAGAAGAAGAAAUAA